UAGGAAAUGCAAAUGAGAUCAGUUAGAGCUUCUCUUCACACUCUCUCUGUAUCGUUCACUGUCAAUCUUUAAAAACAUUUGCAUCCAAGAAUCGAAACAAAGACAAUUCCUUAUGACUUGAGCUGCGAGAAUCGACCCCAAAUCAUGACGAUGAGCUUCUUUGGAAAACUGAAGAGCCUACACAGUGGACCUCCAGCUCCACCCAGAAGAACAGAUACCAAUGCAAACUUUGGGUGGCCACAGGAUGAGUUUGAUGAUGAGGAGGGUGACAUGUAUGAAGCACCUCCUUGUGAGCGUCCGGCUGUGAAAGUCCCACAGAGACAAGUGGAGGAGAAUGUUUAUCUGGAGAGGACGUCCAGUCCUGCUGUUCCACAGAGGCAGGCUGUUCCUCCACCCAGGCUGGCAAAACCCUCGAAGCCUCUGCAACGUGACGUUUUCAGCUAUGAACCCAAGAAACCACCUGAGAUAGACAGAAAUGAGAAGCCUGGGAGAAACAAGAUGAUGCCUCCUCCGCCGGUCCGCUCUGUACCUGCUCCAGUCCCUGCAGCCACCACUGAGGAAGAUGUGUAUCUGGAUCCAAAUGAAGAACAGGAGGAUAACGAUGACCUGUAUUUAGAACCAACAGCAGCUUGCACUCCUCCCCCACGUGGGCCGAUGAGGAUGCCUCCAUCUCCCAAGACACCACUUGUACCAUCUCCCAUGAUGAAGCCUCCUGUUCCCAGAGCUAAGUCUAAUUCGUUCUUGCCUUCUUUGAAUGAGGCAAAAACAGCUCCUCCAGUUGAAGUGAGACGUCCCACAUUUCUUUCCCAACUCCCUCCACCAACUCCCAGUGUUAAGCCUCCUCUUCCAGCAAACCUGAAGGAGGCUAAACCCAGCCCUCCAAAUCAUCCCAUGGCAGACCCUAAGCCUGUGGCCUCCUUCGGUGCUAUGAGGACAACCAAACAAUCUGGGAAUGAGGACAAAGAGUGGUUUGCUGGAGACUGCAACAGAAAGACAGCUGAGGACCUCUUACAGAGGGUCAACAAGGACGGUGCCUUCCUCAUCCGGCACAGCUCGGCCCAGAACUCCCGCCAGCCGUACACCCUCGCUGUGCUCUACCAGCAGAAGGUGUACAAUAUUCCCAUCCGCUUCCUGGAGGAGACAAAAGGCUAUGCCCUCGGAAAAGAGGGCAAGAAGAACGAAGAGAUUUUCAGCUCUCUCGACGAUAUGAUUUCUCACCACAGAAAUAACCAACUGUUCCUGAUUGACAGCAAGAGCCAGGCCAAGCACACAGCGUAUUUAACCCACCCUGCACGCCCUUAAAACUACACUACAAUAGCUACUCUCUUAUGUUGUGUUCAUGAAUUAAGUUACCAGCUUGGAACUACAACAGGCUUACUGCGUGUCUCUAACAAAAGUCAAAUUACAGCUCUGUGAUAUCAGUCAUACAGCUGAAGUACUGUUGUUUUUGUUGAUAAGGUGAAAUAGACAAUGCACUGAAAUAUUUGUAGAGAUGCUGUAAAUCCCUCAAACUGUUGCUCUUUGACACUCAGCAGCCAUGUGACAUGACAGCAGCAUAAAGCUCAGAGACUGUCAAGUUUGCAAGUUUGACAAAGCGAUUUUUUGUGUGUGUCUGUUUUGCACCAUGUCAUCAUUUUAACGAGAAUUGCACAAAGCUAAGGGCUCUCUGGUGAGAGGGAAAAUGUGUCACUGUUUUACUGUGACAGUCCCUCCACCUUUGGCUGGAGAUCUUGCUGUCAGAUGUCACUGUAUUUCGCUGCCUUACAAACACUAUAGUCCUGCUGUUAUAAGAUAUCAAACCAUAUCAGCACAAAUUCACAGUUUCGCAGCUAUAAUCUUAACCAUCGCUUUAAGCCUCCUACUCAUUUCCAUUAUUAUGGUCAUGCAUGACGAACCGUUGAGAUAAACGUCUGUGUGAAUCAGUAAUUUUGUUUUAACCAUGAGUGCAGGUUUGGUGUGUAUCUUUUCCCUACAGUUUAGUUUUUAGUCUGAUGACUUUGAUUUUGACUAGAGUGUAUGUUAGAGGUGUGAUUUUAUAGAUAUUGUGCAAUAUAGAUCAGAAAGUAAGAAAUGUAUGUGCUUUACAUUGUUUUUAUUUUAUUUCAUGUACCACAGUCUCCCUAUAUUUACUGUUGUUGACAGCAAAUCAACAUUUAACCUGGAUCCUGUAACUGGCCGUGUUGAUUUGAAGUUUUAUUACACUUCUGUCUGACUUCAACUUCUUAUGGAUCCUCAUCAGUGAGGAUCAGUGUGGUGAGCUGAGGGUUUGUAGCUUUAACUGAGACACCAUGAGAUGUGUGUGUGUGUGUGUGUGUGUGUGUGUGUGUGUCUGAGCUGCCUCCCAGUGGCCGCUGACCAGACGUCGGUGGUUACAGCUGCUUCCUCUUGGGGAGAGACCACCUCCUUUGUGACCAUAACCAUAAAUCUUGGGCCUGCCAGAACACUACAUGGACAGAAUAAUAAGCCAGGGGCAAAAACAAAUAAUCAACAUUAUCUUCUCACAUUACAGUUAAAUCCAUCAUUCUGAUAAAUGUGACCACUGUCUUCACAGUGAUAUCAGCUUGUAAUGGGGCAAAAAAAAAAAAAAAAAAAAAAAAGACAUAAUAAUAUAUAAUAUAUAAUAAUAUAUAAAAUAAUUUGAAGUUUAUGUAUUUAAUGGACUAAAUCCAACAUUUGCAAUGUGGCUAAAAGUCAUUGAAUUAUACACAGAAAUACAGCUUCAACUAACCACAUCAGACCUUGCCAGAAUAUUAUAGCCUUAACAUUUUCAAAUGUGUUCAUCUUUUACAGUAAUAACACAGUUCUAAGUUGUCUGAUCAUAUUAUGUGGUUGGUGUCAGGCUGAAAAUACAGAGGCCGGUGCGAGUUGCUGUAUUUGCAUAGGCCAGUGGUGUAAAUGAGUUCUAAAUAACUUCCUGGAGCCAGUGUAAUUUGGCAGGUGGGUGUGGGGCAUCUUGUAGCUCUGUUACAGGAUUACUGCCGGGAUGACAAACUGAUAUGUUCUCAGGAUCCUGACCCCAAUAACACUGUGUGAUUUGUAAGGUACAGUCCAGCAGCUCACCGUCUGUUAAAUCAAGUUAAACAUUUCAUUUUCUUUUUUUGUGCAUUUUACCUUUAUUUGGCAGUGCCAAUAGGGAUGACAGGAAGUGAGGAGAGAGAGAGAGAGAGAGAUUGGGGGUCCCUGGCUGGGUUUGAACCUGGGAUGAUUCAGUUAUAUGGUCAGAGUCUUACACCCCUUGGCCACCAGGACGCCCCAGAUCAUUCCCAUUCAAAAAUAUAAUUAAUAAAACACAAUAUUUUAAGGAUAUGUUUCCUUUGCUCUAUCACUCUUUUAAUUAUCUGGAACAUAUCAUCUGCUUUAUUAAUACUAUAAACAUUUGAAUCAUUCUGCUGUAAAAACAACAGUUUCCAUGAUAAUAAUAAAUAAUAAGAGACACUUUUCA